AUGAUGAUGAAUAAUCCCGGUGCUAUGGGACAACAAGGUCCCCCUCCAAAUUCAAUGCAACCUAUGAUACAAGGAGGACAACCACCAGCAGCAGCGGCGCCAGCAUAUCCUAACGCUGCUAAUCCACCGAUGAACCCACAAUCUCGUCCGAAUCAAAGUCAAAACGAUGAUAUUAUCGCACGUUGUCUAGUUCAAACACAACGUCUCCGUGAAAGUCUUCAAGUAUUGCUCAAUAAAACAAAACAAGCGGCUCAUCUCGAAACAGAUGAUCAAUCUUCUUCAGCGACCAGUCUGUCGUCCAAUUCCACCCAAUCAUCGAUACGAAACAAUAUCGAUCGUCGUCUGUUCGAUAUGAGCCAAGCACUGGAUCAAUUGAAUAGUUUAGUCGAACAGUACGAUAUUAAAGCAUUGCAAAAUCAGUGGACAUUGAUAAGCCAUUACAAUGAAUUAUCCUAUGAAAAACAAGGUACAUUCAUGGAUGAAUGGGCUUCACAGACGAAGUGGGCGGAUAGACUGGCGGAAAUCUCUCCCUACAUUCAUCCAACUAUCCAAUUCUAUCGUCGUAGUAAUCAACGCAGUAUCGGCUUCACUAAUCGUUCACGUGUGGAUGGACCAUCGGCACCGCUCAUCGACCGUAUUAUCGCUCAAUAUGAUGCUCAGCAACAGCAGCAACAACAAUCAGCAACGAAAGAAUAUUCCAUUAGUCUUCAACGUUUAUCUGAUCAUUUGAAUAUCAUUGAAUUCAGUCUAUUCCGAGCCGGUUUGGACAUUUAUCUGUAUCUUCGACACUGUACAGUAGAGCAUGUUGUGGUCAAACCAUUAAAUGAAAAAAAACAAUUUGCAACGAAUUUCAACAACAAACUGGCAACAAACUAUCGUGCCUUAGACAUCAUCGCUGGACAUAUUCGCGCUGCUGCUGUUUUCUACGCACCAUUUGGUACUCAACCUGAACAGGCAUUAAGUAAAUUAUUGCUUUACAUAGGUAAAUAUCAACCAUUUCACGCACAAAAGUGUGUUGUUUGUCAGAAACAUUUACUCAAUGGUUUACAACCAACAUGGCGAGAUUUCAAAACAUACGAAUGUUUCCAUCAAGAAUGUUUAAAUUGA